AUGUGCUUUCCGAUUCCCGACCUACAGGAUGAGUAUAUGUCGUCCCCUGCGGAAUGCAUUUCUCAUCUGAUCGUUCGUGAAGGAGAAGGUUCUUUGUCGUCUGAAUUGCGAGGAUUAGGGAGCCUUUUGGCUGCUAAUGGAGAAAUUUUCGCAAAAGGAAUCAGCCUUUUUCAAAUAGUAGUCAGCCUCAGCGAUGAUGGUCUCAGUCACAUUGAGGAAGUGAUUAGCCUAGUGUUCAACCAUAUUGGGCUACUUAGACGUAGUGGCGCAAUCGAUUGGAUUCAUGAUGAACUUCGAAAAUUAAGCGAGAUCAGUUUUCGCUUUAUGGAGAAAAUUGAUCCAGCAGCUGCGGUCAUCGCAUAUUCUUCUAAUUUACAGCGUAUUCCUUUCCGAGACAUUCUGUCGUGGAAUCUUCUUCGGACGGAGUACAAACCUGAUAGAAUUAUGGAAAUAAUCGAGAUGUUGUCUCCGAAGAACAUGUUCUACGUUGUAAGUGCGAGAGAGUACAGUGGUCAGGAGGGCAAUAUUCACGAGCCGAUUUUUGGGACAGAGAUGCGAAUCCUAGAUAUAAACGAGGUGAGUUUUUCGUGA